AAAAUACACUCCUCUCUGCUCGUUCCAGGUUUGUCGUUCCAGCGUCUUCCAUCCCUGCCGAAGGGGCCGCCCGCCCGUUUUUUGUUAGUGAGUGGAUCGAGCCGUAUCUGCACCUAACAGAGGAAACCCCAGCCAAGCUGUAGGUACCUAAUACCAAAUCACCUCUCGGCAUAGCGCUGCCAGUCCGUCCGUCCCGCGUCCUCUACCACAAGCGCCUGGCAUCGUUUUUUUUUUUCUCACCCGCUUCGCCGCUCCCCCAUUUCCCCACCUCGAAUACCUCAACGGACCUUCUUUGUUGGUCGCGGCAAAAGCGCAGCUGCCAACAGGGGAGUAAGCUCCAGCCACUAGUAGAACUCCAUCCCUACCUGUACCCCUCACUCACCCGCCGCCUCCGCACCACCAGCCCGUUGGCUUUCUCCCGCAGCCUAGCUGGCUGGGAAAGAACACGGGAGCCGUCGACGGCGUCCUAUCGACCUUCUUAGUCUGGGGUCCGGGUUCGGGGAUCGCGUGUCGUGUUCCUGGAUUACUGCCCAAACCCACAGCCCCGUUUGCUCUGUGCUGCCACGUCUUGGGCCAUCCCUCUUUUAGUUCCCCGUUGGCGCGGUUUUCCGGAUAAGUGAUAGAAAGGAAAACAGGAAAAAAGAAGCAGAAAGGGAGCGCUCGUUGUGCUCGCUGGCUGGCCCAAAACGAGAAGCCGUUCCACUUAUCUCCCCCAACGGUCUAGAUCCAGCCCUCCCCACCAUCUCGCCAGUAGGUUGCCCGACUCUGGUAGCUGCCAGUUUUACCCGCGCUGUUCUUGGUAUUCUUGCCCCCUUCGUCUCUUAAUUCUCCCCAACAGCCCUCACGCGACUCACAAGUCGACCGCAUCAAUCUCCGCCUCUCUAGCCAGCCCUCUUAGCUCCAAGGCAGCUCGUUGCAGUGUCAGAAAGAUCUUUCUGCGCGGGGAGAAGAAGACCUGUGGGGAACCAUUCCCCAGUGGCGCGUUCUCGUAGAGCUUUGCGUCGAAGGGCAGACGACCGACGAUAGAACCCCUCGCCAGGAUGUGGAGCAAGCCGACCAACGUCCAGCUGCCCGCCUCGCCGACCGCCUCGACCGAGGACCCGCUGUCGCCGACGACACAGGCCAAAAGGCGCAACCCGGGCCGCAGGUAUGCGCAGAUAGUCAAGCUGAAGCCCGAGCACCGGGAGGAGUACAAGGAGGUCCACGCCAAGGUCUGGCCCGAGGUCCUGGCGCAGAUCAAGGCCUGCAACAUUGUCGAUUACAGCAUAUUCCACGACGAGGAGUCCAACAUCCUGUUCGCCUCUUUCAAAUAUGUCGGCUACGAUUACGCCGGCGACAUGGAAAAGAUGCGGGACAACCCCAAGGUGCGCGAGUGGUGGAAGAUGACGGACGGCUGGCAGCAGUCUCUUGUACCGGGGGCGCAAAGCAGCGAGGCCGGUGAGCCGUCGUGGUGGAAGCCCGUCGAGGAAGUCUUUUACUACAACCCUUCCUGAUGGCAGGAUAGGGACUAUUUCAGGUUGGGUCUUGCUCCUCCCCUCCGAUGUUCUCUCAUAUUGAAUGAACCAACGGCAAUAAUCUCCUUGGAUGCCGUUCGCUCUGCCCCUCCUGUCUAGGUGCUUCGAGGCUGCACGCUACUGUUUGCUGUCUUUUUUUUUUUUUUGGUCAAGUUGGUGCCAAGUCGGGCGGAUUCCCUAAUGAAACUCGGGAUAAUGACUGAAUGCAACAGCGUUUUCAGGACCUGAUAUUGGUUUUUCCAGGAGAUGCUGCACUGGGCGUCUCUCUGCGCCCCUGGGUGGGAGCUGUAGAGCAUCACUUGGGGCCGCCAAAAAGGCCGCCGAAGAAGCUCAUCCCCGGAAAGCCCCCGCCGCCACCGCGCCCGCCGUGCCUGAGGGCCUCGGCGCGGACCCAGCCCUCGAGGAAGGCCCUGUCCGCCAGCAGCCUGCCGUCGACGACCUUGGUCUCGAGCUGGGCCUCGCCGGCGUCGAAGCUGAGCAGGGUGGGGACGCUGGUGAUCAUGUAGUCCAGGGCCAGGUUGGUCCUCUGCAUGUCCGGGCUGUCGAACUCGACGGGCGCGUAGGCGACGCCGCCCUCGGCCUCGCCGAUGCCCGACUCGACGAUGCUCCGCAGCAGCGGGCCGACGGCCCUGCAGCUGGGGCACCAGCUCGUGGUCCACAGGGUCAGGAGCGGGGUCCGGGCCGAGGAGGAGAGGAGGAUGUGGGUGCUGAAGGCGUCUGGGCUGUGGAUUCUACAUUGUUUUUUUGUUCCUGUUAAGCUCACGUGUGCGCGUGUGCCUGUUGGAUGGGCGGCAAAACGCACGGUGAGAAUAUUUGGUUUUUUGCCCUAUUCGGGCGCGAGGUUGAGAAGGAUGCCGCGGAAAUGAAGCUUUUGCAUGAGCUCCGUGGUAUAAAGCCCAAUGGGCGGGCGUAAAUCGCCAUCGAAUGUCUUUCUCCGGGGCUCGUCCACGUCUAGGUGCUUCCGAGGGAGAGGG